CCGCGGCCACUUGGCGGCAGUCUGUGCACAACCGCCGCCCGCACGUCACCGCUGCGAUGUGAACGCCUAACCUCGCCAACUGUCUAAAACGACAGCUUCUGUUGCGUGUGCUAAGUUCCCCAUUAACUAUUUUGUGUUCCAAUAACUGUUAAACGAGCGCCAGAUACAUCUGGAUAUUCUUUCUGUGGCGACAUUGAUGGAGUUCCGCUUGGACAGCGCGGAGUACUGCCAGGCCCAACACAAAUAAACUAGCGGCGGACCGCCGAGCUGAGACCCAUGCAGCCGGGAGCAAGUCUGCACCCCAUCUUUAUGACAAUUCAGCUUCCUUAAAUUCUGAAGCCAUCGCAAAUCGGAGCAUAUCAUUCAGUACGGAGCGACUUAUGUUCGCGUAAUUUCUUUAAGUUUCAUUCCACAUUUUGAACUUUAGUUUAACCGUCUCCGAAUGUGCGCUAGUGGUUGAAAGCGACAUCCAUGCGGGUGGUUCUCUUGAUAUAAUAGGACCCUUUCUAAAUAAAAGUCACGAAACUGCCGUGUGUUGUGUGGAAAUAGAGUGACAAUUUGUCUGUUGUCGGACGGACUGAAGUGAAGUGAACACCAGUGUUGACCGUAGCGAGGAAGAACAAGACCAAUCAUCAUGAAGCAGAAGGAUAUCCGACCGGCGCCCUCGCUAAUCGAGUACAAGGGAAUGCGGUUCCUGAUCACGGACCGCCCCUCUGACGUCACCAUCCAGUCGUACCUACAGGAGCUGCGCAAGCACAACGUAUGCGUCGUGGUCCGCGUCUGCGAGCCUAGCUACGACGUCGGCCCGCUGAAGGCCGAGAACAUCGAGGUCCGCGACUUGGCCUACGACGACGGCACAUUCCCGCCGGCCAACGUCGUGGACGAGUGGUUCGAGAUCCUGCGCGAUAAGGCCCAAAACAAGCCGGAAGCGGGCGUUGCAGUCCACUGCGUUGCCGGCCUCGGCCGGGCCCCAGUGAUGGUCGCCAUCGCGCUCAUCGAGCUCGGCAUGAAAUACGAGGAGGCCGUCGAGACCAUCCGGGACCAACGCCGCGGCGCCAUCAACUCCAAGCAGCUGUCGUACCUGGAGAAGUACCGACCCAAGUCCCGCCUCAAGAAGAACGGUCACAAGAACUCUUGCUGUGUGCAGUAACAGCUGAUCCAGCUCUGUGUCCACACACACACACACACAUGCGAAUACUACACUAACAUUUUAUUUCCUUUUUUUUGAGGUUAUGACUAUGUUUAACCUUUUGAACGCUUAAAUCUACUUAAAGUUGUAAAAUGUACUUACUUUGUCGGUUAUAGACGUAGAUUUGGUCAAAAUUAUGAGGAAUUAUUCUGAAAUUAAUCAUCAAAAUUGUAAAAACAUUAUUUUUGCUUAUGACCAUACUUGUGACAGUUAUAACAGCAUUCAUCUUGGAAUAUUCUUUAUUUUUCUUUGGUUGAAUUUAACCUUAAGCAUUUUCAGUAAAUUUUAUUUUUGCAAUGUCAAAUUAUUUAUAAAUAUAUCCGACCGCUCAAAAGGUUAAACUAAAGUUAUAAUCUCCGCUGUUAAAUCUCGAGUUUUCUAUGAAAUUUAAUGGGAUCUUAAUGUUUGUAUGUCCAAAAGGUCCCUCGUACUGUGUAUUAGUGGAAUAAUAUGUUAGAAGAGCCACGAUUUGUGUUCAGAGCAAUCCUACUCGGGUAUAUACUUUCUAUCAUAAUAAAAUUCAAUGCCCAUAAUAAAAUAA